AUGGGAAAUAUCAAUCUUACUAAAACGAAACGUACGAAACGUCAAGAGCGCCUUGCCAAACGGCGAAAGAGUGAAGGAGGUCCAAAGUUCGGAUGGAUUCAAGGUGUGCUGGUGCGAUGUUUGUUGAACAUCUUCGGAGUAAUGCUGUUUAUCCGUCUGUCUUGGGUGACUGGUCAGGCGGGGAUAGGACUGGCCACAGUCAUCAUCCUGCUCUCCAUGGUGGUCACUAUCCUCAGCACUCUGUCCAUGUCAGCUAUCUGUACCAACGGCGAGGUGGAGGGAGGUGGUGCCUAUUACAUGAUUUCUCGGAGCCUUGGUCCUGAGUUUGGAGGCGCUAUCGGGAUCAUCUUUUCCUUGGCCAACGCCGUUGCUGCGGCCAUGUACAUCGUAGGCUUUGCAGAAACUGUGGUAGACUUGUUGCAGGAAACUGAAAAAGCCAUCACCGGAAACCCUUUGCACGACAUUCGGAUCAUAGGCUGUUGUACAGCCGUCGUUCUGCUGGGUAUACUGCUUAUAGGCAUGGAAUGGGAAGCAAAGGCCCAGCUGGUGCUGUUGGUGAUUCUCCUAGCGGCUAUAGUCAACUUUGUCGUGGGAACUUUUAUACCUCCAACAAAGGAGAAGCAGGAUCAAGGUUUUGUUGGUUACCGAGCCGAGGUUUUCGCCACAAACUUUGGACCGGAUUUCCGCAAGGGCGAGGAUUUCUUCUCGAUAUUCUCCGUGUUCUUUCCCGCGGCGACGGGAAUACUGGCUGGAGCGAACAUUUCUGGGGAUUUGAAGAACCCGCAGACAGCCAUCCCUAAAGGCACGUUGUUGGCCAUCAUCCUCACAGGGAUUGUCUACAUUUUGAUGGCCUGGCUGUGUGGUUCCGCCUUGCUUAGAGACGCUGCUGGGACCGCCCGCUUCCUGAACGACACACUCAACAACACGACAACGAUGGCCACGACUGUCACACCUCUGCUUCUGAACGGCUCCACAGAGGCUUAUCCCAUCCCCACCUGCAGGGCUUCUGACAGCUGCAAGUACGGGCUGGAGAACAACUAUGGGGCGGUCGGACUGGCGUCCGGUUUCCGCCCUCUUAUCCUCGCUGGCAUUUUCGCCGCCACGCUCUCCUCAGCUUUGGCCAGUCUUGUCGGGGCUCCCAAGGUUUUCCAGGCAGUGUGUAAGGACAAGCUCUUCCCAGGGAUAUUUUUCUUUGCGAAAGGAUAUGGUAAGAGUAAUGAGCCAUUUAGAGCGUAUGCUCUGGCCUUUCUCAUCGCCGUUGGAGUGGCCUGUAUAGCUGAGCUGAAUGUGAUCGCCCCAAUCAUAUCCAACUUCUUCCUGAUGGCUUACACGCUCAUCAACUAUUCCUGUUUUGACGCCUCCGUUGCCAUGUCACCAGGCUGGAGACCAUCGUUCAAAUACUACAAUAAGUGGUUGAGUCUGCUGGGAGCCAUUUUAUGCCUGGCUGUUAUGUUCAUUAUCAACUGGUGGGCUGCUCUGAUCACCUUCACUAUAGUCGCUGUUCUCUAUGUGUAUGUUCACCACAGAAAACUUGGUGUAAACUGGGGAUCGUCUCUACAGGCUCACGUGUACCAAGACGCCCUGAAAAACACACUGAAGCUGAACCAUACGGAGGAGCACGUGAAAAACUUCAGACCACAAAUUCUAGUAUUAUCUGGAGAGCCUCAGUCACGACCUGACCUAGUCUUGUUUGCCGCAGAGAUCACUAAGAGGCAGAGCUUGUUAAUGUGUGCCAAUAUCAUUCAGGGUUCUCAAGAGGACAGCUUGGAUGAACAGAAUUCCAAGGAAUCAGAUGAAUGGUUGUAUAGAGUGAAAGCGUUCUAUUGUGCCUUAAACGCAUCCAAUAUACGACUUGGGGCACAGAGUUUACAACAGGUGGCAGGCUUGGGCAAGUUGAAGCCGAACAUUGUACUGCUUGGUUACAAAUCGGACUGGUUCAGUGCAAACAGGCAAACAGUACAGAAUUACUGUAAAGUCAUCCGUGAUGCACUCUCUUUGGAACGCGGAGUUGGUGUUUUCAGGUUGUCUCAAGGUUUCGACCGAAAAGGAUCUGACAGCGACAAAGAGGAAAACAGUAACAUGAACGGCAGCCUGGAGAACCAGGCAUAUUCCGUUGACGAAGAACAACACCUGGAUAAGGCUUGGAAGAAACAGACUAAGGGCGAGGCUGUGACUAUAUCUAUGUCCACAUUGAAAGAGAGGGAAAAAUUGGGUAACCCAGAGUUUCUCCGAAAUCAGUCAGAAGAAUCUUUCGCUGACGUCGAUGCAGACGAAACAAAUGUGUUUGGCAAAAAAACCAAACAGUCGGGGACGAUUGACGUCUGGUGGCUUUUUGAUGAUGGUGGUCUCACCCUACUGCUACCAUUCAUCCUGUCACAAAGAAGUAACUGGAAACAUAGCACUCUGAGAAUCUUCUAUGUCGGGUCAAGGCUCACCAGAAAUAAGGACAGGGAAAGGAUGACGACGCUGUUGAGCAAGUUCAGGAUUGACUACUCUGAGCUGACUCUGCUGACAGACCUGGGCAAGUUACCGGAACAGGAGAGCAUUGACGCGUUUGAAGAGCUGACCAAAGACUGGAGGGCCACUGAGAACGAGGCCGUACCAUCAGAGGGCGCAAUCAAUAUAACCGCUGAAGAGAUGAAGGAUUUCGAAAAAAAGACUCAUCGUAAAAUCCGACUGAAGGAAUUGCUGGAUGAUCAUACAACAGAUGACACGAAUCUGAUUGUCAUGACGCUGCCCAUACCAGAGACAUCCAUGUCUACCGGGCUGUACAUGGCCUGGAUGGAAGUACUCACCCGCGAUAUGCCACCAUUCCUGCUCCUCAGAGGAAACCAGCAGAACGUCCUCACGUUUUACUCAUAGGUCCACUCGGCCAUAACGUCUACAUAGACAUCAUGCUUGCAUUAUCUGUAUCAAAAAACCUACAGGUGUAUCUGUGGUAAAGGCCAUGGCGUAUAUAAAUCAUCAUGUUCACUCGCAACUUAUAAAUUUGUUUCUAAUGAUCCAACACACAGCUACACAUAACAACACAGUGUUACAAACAUACAUCAACACAUAAGGGCACUAUGUUACAAACAUACAGCCACACAUAACGACACAGUUUUACAAACAUACAGUCACACAUAAGGACACAGUGUUACAAACAUACAGCCACACAUAACGACACAGUGUUACAGAGAUAUGCUGACACAUAAGGACACAGUGUUACAGACAUAUACAACACAUAAUGACACAGUGUUAAAAACACAUACCACACAUAGUGUUACAAAGAUAUGCUCACACAUAACGGCACAGUGUGCCGUUGUAUGCUCACACAUAACGACACAGUGUUACAGAGAUAUAUACACACAUAACGACACAGUGUUACAGAUAUAUGCCCUCAUAUAACGGCACAGUGUUACAUCAUAUGACCACACAUAACGACACAGUGUUACAAAGAUAUACCCACACAUAACAGUAAAGUGAUACAAACAUGUACCACACAUAACGACACAAUGUUACAAACAUGAGUUUCCGCCGGGCUGUGCCCGGUUUCCUCCCACCAUAGUGCUGACCGCCGUCCUAUAAGUUAAAUAUUCUUGAGUACGGCGUUAAACACCA